GGCUCAGCUCUGCGAUACACCUUGGUCUGUGUGUCUCAACCAACACAACAUUCACCAACCAUGAUGAGGAUUAAUGUGUUUGUUUUUUUCUUAGUGUUCCGUCUUCACAAGGCACAGGAACAUGUUAAUGAGUUUUAUCCUCUUGUUGAGAAAGGUCCAAUCAGUUUUGUGGAUCCUACACAGAGCAAUCAAACCAGGCUGAUGGUGAAAGAACCUUCACUGCCCAUCAAUGAACUUCUAGAAAAGAGCAGCAGGACCGGCGAGUCCAAAUUUUCCCUCCAUCCUUUACCUUCUGCUGUCUGGCCAAAGCACAAUGACCUCGCACCCGUCCCUCGCCACCAUGGUGUCCACAACAAGAGCAAGCGAGGCCCUAAGAGUGAGCACUUACUGGAACUGAACACGGAUAAAACCAGAGGGGAAACAGCCGGUCUCCUUCCCAAACCUUCUCUGACGGCGUCGACGGCUGCGGCCGCCAACCGCACCGCUCAGAGCGGCAUCAGUCCCCCUCAACCCACCCAGCCGGAGGGCUAUCCCAACUCCAGACCCAGGAGCCCUGCUCAUGCACAGCCUGCUCCAGCACCUUCUCCUCGCAAAGACCCCCCCAAUAGACGCCUGGACCCAGAGGAGAACCGCCCGGGGAAAGCCGGUCUCUACCAAACCGGAAUUGGUGCAGCGCCGCCUCGAAACAACAGCCGGCCACCUGUCACCUUCAACCGUCGCUCCUCCAGCCUCCUGUAUCAAUUUGACAUCCUCAGACGAGAGUCCGACCUCACCCAUGAUGCCUUCUGCAUGAAUGAGUGCAGGAAGGAGAAGGAUGAGAAGGAUUAUUACUGCUACAGCGAGUUUGCUGUCAACGGAGUCGUCCACGACAUCGACGUGCUGCGUAGAGGGAUACGUCUCAUUACUCUGAUGGUGAGCAGCGACGGGUUCUACAAGAUGAGUCGCCUCUACGCCACCCCUGACAGCUUCUUCUUCAAAGUGCGGCUUCUGGUCCUGGACACUUACAAGUGCAGCAAACCGUGUCCUGAUAUCAAACUUGGAACCCGAUACAUCGUAAUGGGCCAAAUCCACCACCGGAGGCGGCAUCUUCCAAACGACCUCCUGAACCUGCUCGGGGUCCGCCUAAAACCAGGCGACGGGAUACUCAGGAGCAGCAACUAUGUGAAAAGGUUCAACAAACGGAAGCACCAGAAGGUCUUGGAGGCCACCCGCUCUAAGUGUCGGUGAACCCGAACCUGAGACUGUCGGCCCAACUUGCAAGGGAAGAGACAUUGCAUCUUAACGUGAAUCGCUUCUAAAUAACCCUUGAGUAUUAUUACACCAGAAGAAGGUCCAAGAGGCAACACGAGUAGCGAUUAGCAAGUUUGUCUCCCGGUCGAGAGGUAGUGGGUUCGAAUCUCAGCUCCGGCCUUCCUGUGUGGACUUUGUAUGGUGUCCCGAUGGUCACGUAGGCUUUCUCCAGGUACUCCAGCUUCUUCCCACAUUCCAAAAUCAUGCACGUUUGGUUCAUCAAAGACUCUAAAUUGUCCAUAGGUAUGAAUGGGAGUAUGAAUGUUUGUUUGUCAAUAUGUGCCCUGCCGCUGACAGGGAUUUGCUCCAGCUUAGACCAUGACAUUAGUGAGAACAAUUGCUACAAGAAAAUGGAUGGAGGAAAGAAGGAAAAGACAAAAGUAAAUGGAUUCACUUUUCCAUGGAACCCUGUGACGUGCAUUAUCACCAUCCAUCAUUUAACUAAAAAUACCACCAUGUGUUCUUUUUAAUAGUUUCCCAAUACACAUUGGUACUACUUACAGCAUUAGUUCAGCAGCCCACCAGCCCGAAGUAACUGAUAUUCAAACACUACUUGACCUCUUCAUUGAUUCAUGGCUGGUACAUGAAGCUAAAAGGGGAUAAAAUUAGCCCGUAUCCAGAAGGGAACUUUCAGACUAAACACAACAUAUAAUCCACAUAUUUCAUUGCUCUGUUCUGGUAUUAGGCAGCUACUGUAGAUCUACUGUAUGUAAUGCCUUUUAAUUGCUACGAAUGCAAACCGCGCCAUUGUGGUUGUCAUCGGUGAGCGGGACAUGCAUUUUUGAUGUUACAUGGACUAAAAUAAGGCAUUAAAGAAAUUCAGUACAAGUAACCACAUGCAGUACCCGUUUUUAGACAUGAGAAGAAAAAGAUGCCUUUGUUGUGUUCAUUCAAUUCCCACGUUUUGUGUGACAUUUAAAUAUCAUGCAUUAUUGACCAAGUGUUACCUCAGCUUUGCUCAACGACACCACGGCAGUCUUAACAUCUCUCCAGCAACCCAUCCAAACUUUUAUGCUGUGGUCCUCCACUUUAGAAUCCUCAAUCUAAUUUGCUGCCCAAGUUCAAAAUAAAAAGAUAAGUGUUGGACUAUAGAAGUAUGAGGUUUGUUUUCCGCCCUUGCGUUUCAUGGAAGGGUGAACAUUUGCACUCAAUGUUGCAUACAGAUGAAAUAAUUAAACUGAUUAUUUUGUACCC